GACAAUUGGCCUGCUUAUUGUUAUAUUGCUCCAAUUCGUGUGUUAGAAGGAUAAUAAGCCACAGGUCGUAAUGUUGUCCACCCCAAAAAUAUGCAGGUUGGCUGAAAUGCGUAACCUGUUCUGGAAAUAGGUUGGAAUUACUGGGCAUUGCCUGAAAAUCCAAGACAACCCGAGAAUCUAUCCUUCGGAUCGAUGCCAUUGGCCAGGUAUCAUAGGACCGCGUUAGGAUUCAGGCAGCAAUUGUUCCUUCAGCUCUAUUCUGUUACAGUCACAAUAUCAAUCUGGAUACAUUAUAUAUUGGUGCAUGUCGGCUUUUAAUCGACGAACUCAAACCCUUUUGAAAUACCGACAACAAUUCAGCAAAAGUCAGAAUGUGAUGAAAAUUCAGACAUGUCCGUAAUACUAAGGCGACUUUUGUCGUCCUCCAGUCUCCAAUGCAAUGGAACAAAUUCGGACUGCGGCAGUGAACCCAACGUUGGAUUGGCUCUCAUGGCGCUGGUAGUCGGCGUCAUUCUAGCACUUUCUUUGGCUAUGAACAGUGUUGUUUGUCUUGUGUUCUACAAAAAGACGUAUCUACUCAGCGUUUCCAACAGUUUUGUGCUCAAUUUGUCGUGCUGUCAAUUAUGUUUAUCUAUUCUUGUUGUGCCAUUUGUUUUGGCCUCUGUGUUCUCUACAAAGUGGGCAUUUGACGACACCUUUUGUAAGGUGCAAGGAUACUUCUUCACAAUCUGCAUCAUCACUAUUCAGUUUUCCUUAAUGAUUAUCUCCAUAGACCGAAACUACGCCAUCAUCAACUCUCUCAGAUACCCGUAUGUAUUCACACCAAAGCUGGGACAUGUCCUUAUUGCUUCGGCAUGGGUGUUAAGUGUGAUGAUUGCACUUCCGCCUCUGGUAGGUUGGGGGUCAUACGUGUACAUACCUGACCAGUACCUUUGUGGAAUGAAUUGGAAAAGUGGAAACCAAUUUAUGUUGUUUAUUGUUGUGAUAUGUUUCUUAGUUCCACUCUUAGUGCAGAGUUGGUGCUAUCUGAGCAUCUUCAAAGCUGCCAUUGGUCAAACAAAGCGGCGCAGUCGCAUCUAUCCCUCAAUGCCGUCCACAGUACGAGAUCCGCCCAGCAACUCAUCGGAUAGCAGUGAUCUCUCACAGAGUGUGCAAGUACAAUAUCGAAACGUGGAAUGCAAAGCUGUAAGAACUAUUCUACUGAUAGCUUUUGCUUAUGCUUUGUGUUGGGUUCCUUACUUAACCAUUAUAAUAAGCCAUUUGAGAGACAACUCCUUCACGUCUGAAGUCAAUUCCUUUGCUAUAUGUCUCGUGUUCUGCACGGGAAUUGUCAAUCCCAUCAUAUACGCAUUUAUGAACAGGGUUACUCGUCACGAGAUCAACAAGUUCUUCUGUGACACUAUAAACAAGGGUAAUGGUCGCACCACCACAGGUAACGACAGCGACGAGUUCUACUCCACGACCAUGACCACCUAUUCUUCAACCAAACAAAACGUCGUGGUGUGGACAACUCAGAAAACGCGCGGAAAGAUACCGACUGCCUGUAACAUAGAAAUGAACACCAUUCAGGAAGUUCGCGAGGCAUCCACAUCAAGCUCCCCAAAGGAAGAACGGAAGAAUUUGGAAAAACCGACUCAUGCGCAGCAAGCUGGUGAACCGCCAAAAAUUUUUGUGUCUAGAAAUGCGGUCUCGGUUCCUGGAACUAGUCAAAAACACUCCAUGAACCUAACCAGUGACUUAUCAAGAUGUUCUGUUAAAAGUCCCGAUCUGCGGCACAGCCGUGCUCUCAGUCCGGAAGUGACGCGGCAAAGGGUCUCUCGGGCUCAGUCUGAGUUCCUGUCUCGUGGAGAAACGUUCUUAUCACAGAAACAAAAGGACUGUGGAUCCUUUUUGUUUUUCGAGGGCAAACACAAAGAAACUCGUGUACACAGAAAAAGGUCCAAUUCACACUUUCAUGACUCGUCCAAAUCUCCGUGUUUGCCAUCAUCAGCUAAAAAUCUCACAAAUAUGAAACGGGUAAGCGCGGAUUUUUCCUCACGUGAAAUGUUUUUUUCUCAUCCGUCUUUUCGGAACAUCCCUGAAAAGGCUAUGUUACACGAGGGUAGAGAAAGGGCGAUGACCAUUGGUGAGAACUACGUUUAUCGAGAACAUAACACGAACCGGAAGGAUCAUAAAGUCCCGGAAGAAGAUUCAAUAUCAAAUCACACUUAAUUAUAUUUGUCGUUAAUGUUUCUGUUGGUUACUACAAUCAAUAAUUGUUUUUGGUGUUUCCUCAUCAUAUUGAUGUUUGUAAUAAAAAGUAAUAACAGUGAAAAAAA